AUGGCUGAUCUAUAUGGCACCCAUACGGCCGACGAGCCCGCUGGGCGGCUGCCGCUGCGCCAAGUCCUAGCAAGUCUUCAUUACGCCUAUCCAACCACCAUCUUCAUCUACUACAUGGUCACCUCCACCGUGGCCAUAUGCACCCUGCAAACUAGGUCUUCAGAAGACGCCCACCCGCGCCGCCGUCCGAUCACCUGGUUGCUCGUGUCGGUUAUCCUCACCUACUUUGCCCAACUACUCGCCUUGUGUAUUCAAGGUGCUGUGCAGCAUGUAUUCCCAUUCGCCGAGCAGGAUACUAUCAUCGGUCUUAUGUCAUGCGCCCUGGCAUUUGGGGUUGUCUUUGCGGGUCUCUCAGAGGCAGCCAAUCCGGUCUGGUACCCGUACAUUGGGUCCUUCGGGAUAGCAUUCAUUUUCGAGCCGAUCAUGGGGGUCUUGUCUUUGAUCGCUCGGCCUGCGGGGCCUCCCAAGUUCAUGGAUGUGUUCGACCUCUCGGCCCUCGCUGUCAGAUACCUGGCAGUCAUCCUCGCCGUGAUAUUUUACUUGGAAGGGAACCGUCACGCCCGGGAGGAAAAGGGCACCGACUCGGAACGCCAAAGCUUACUCAAGACGAACGGCCAUGCGAGCCAUGAUUCGGACUCGGAUGAUCAGCCCAACGGGACUCGGCAGAACGGAUACGGGGCAACGUCAGAUGGCUCGACCGACAGCAACCAGUCAUCAUCCGACACCGACGACGACGAAAACCCUUACGAAAGACGCCAGCGGCAAGCGAGCGAGCAGAUGGAGAAGAGGCUCAAGGAAAAGGGGAACUGGGUCACAUAUGCCAAGAGUUUCCGGGUUUUCUUCCCCUACGUCUGGCCCGUGAACCACCGUUCGCUUCAGAUCCGGGUAGUGCUUGUAGCAAUAUGCCUACUUGCCAUGAACUUUAUCAACGUCUUGAUCCCGCGCCAGCUAGGUAUUAUCAUGGACAGCCUUUCCGGCUCGAACGGCAAGAACCCCUGGAACGAGGUCCUCUUUUUCGCCGGCCUCAAGCUCGUGGCUUCGGAAGCCGGUCUGUCACUGUUGCGCCAGUGGCUCUGGAUCCCUGUUGAGUAUUACUCGUUCGGUGCUAUUAGCACGGCGGCAUAUUCUCACGUCCUCAACCUGUCCUCUGACUUUCACGAUUCCAAGAGUUCCUCAGACAUCAUGAUGGCUAUACAGUCCGGCCAGAGCAUCUCCAACAUUCUCGAGUCCAUCUGUUUCCGGGCCGUGCCGAUGCUUAUCGACAUGACGGUUGCUUUUGUGUACCUCUCGGCAACCUUUGGUCCGUACGAAGGCUUCAUCACCAUCGCGACCGCCGCUAUCUUCAUCUACAUCGCAACUCGCAUGAUUGCCGCGCUCAAGGGCGCACGCAGGAAUGAAGUGGGCGCUUGGUACAAGGAACACUAUGUCCGACAAGCCGGAAUUCAGGGAUGGUCGACGGUUGCCAGCUUCAACCAGAUUGGGCACGAGGAAGACCGCUACUCGGUAGCUGUCGAGGACCGCGUGACCAAGACGCAAAAGGUCUACUUCGGCUACGUUCUCGCUUAUGCAUUCCAGUUCCUGGUGCUCCUCUCAGGUCUGCUCGCUGGAGCGUUCCUGGCCGUGUACCAGGUCACUCACGGCCAGGCCACCCCUGGUGACUUCAUUAUGCUUCUGACAUAUUGGGCUCAACUGGUCUCUCCUCUCACCUUUUUUGCCGGCCUCGGCAAAAGCAUCUCGAGGGAUCUCCUUCAUGCGGAGCAGCUUCUGGAGAUCAUGCAGACCAAGCCAAGUGUGCUCAGCGAGGAGGGAGCACCGCCCCUGCGAUUCAAAGGCGGCGAAGUUCGCUUUGGCGGUGUCUGCUUUUCCUACGACAAGAAAAAAGAGAUUCUGAAGGACAUCAACUUCACCGCAACGCCGGGCAUGACGGUGGCUUUUGUUGGUGCAACGGGGGCUGGCAAGUCUACCAUCCUGAAGCUCCUCGACCGGUUUUACGACGUUACAAAGGGCUCAAUCGAAAUUGACGAACAGGAUAUCCGAAAGGUUGAUCUAUACAGUCUCCGCGCUCAGAUCGGAGUGGUGCCCCAGGCCCCUAUCCUCUUCGACGACACCAUCAUGAACAACGUGCGGUACGCCAAGCUCACAGCGACCGAUGAGGAGGUUUACGAAGCGUGCAAGGCUGCUAGUAUUCACGACCAGAUUUUGACAUUUAGUGAUGGUUACCAAACUAAGGUCGGAGAGCGGGGCGUCAAGCUCUCUGGCGGUGAGCUGCAGCGAGUGGCCAUUGCUAGAGCUAUCUUGAAGAGGCCAUCCAUCGUUCUCCUCGAUGAGGCGACGAGUGCGGUCGACACAGAGACUGAACAGAAGAUUCAGGACGCUCUGCGCACACUCUGCGAAGGCCGCACGACUUUUAUUGUGGCACACCGCUUGUCCACCAUCAUGAACGCCGACCGCAUCAUCGUUGUCACAGGAGGAGAAAUUGUUGAGCAGGGUAGCCAUGAAGACCUCAUCCGGGCAGACGGCAAGUACGCAGAGCUGUGGUCGAAACAGAUCUUCGUCAAGCCCAAGGACAAGGAGCCGCGCGAUGAUAAGCCUGUCCCAAAGGGGCGGAAAGCCCCGAAUAUCGUUAACGACCUGACCGCCGAGGUCACCAGCUCGGAACUUGCUAAGGUCAAAUCCGUCCCAACCACGAAUGAGCAAGCCGAGAGUUCCGACAGCUCUUCGGACACCGCGACAGAAACGAACGACUUAACGACCCCCGGACACGAGAAAGAGACCUCUCAGCUGAACCCAAGCGCGGCAAGCUUUACGCCUCGAUCUGCCGCUGGGACCGGGGCCGGUUUUUCCGCGUCCUGUUUUGCCGUGUCCUCGGUGGCUGCUCCGACCCCAACCCGGCAACCCCAUCGGUCUUUGGACGGCUUCUUUAGCAACCCACCCGCAAGUCCGCAGCCUGUUCCUGCUGCCCCACCGCCUACGCCACACCAAGUCCACUACUUCGCUGCCGCGCCGAUGUUGAUAAUGCCUAUGCCGGCUGCGUAUGCCCAUGUGUUCCAAGCGCACACGGGAAUGCUUUCGCAACCUGUGCUGCCGCCUCCAAUCACGGCGGUGACAAGGAGGAGGUUCGAAUCAGUCGAGGCCAGCGUUUGCGAGGAGGAUGACGCCCCGGAGCCGUCAAGAGAGAGACGGGUCAAGGUUAAGGAGCCGGCUCGGUCGGACUCUGGUUCUACUUCUUGCAGUUCGCGUACAGGCGAAAAAGAAGGUCCGAGGUACCCGCGAUAUUCCAGGAGGGUGCAGUCAAAGAGUGAACCAGUGGCCGGAACGACGGAAAUGAGUUUGGGGCUUACUUAG